GACUCCCGGCCGGUUCUCCCGCUGCCAUGGGGCCCCGCACACCUCUCCUCGCCUUGUUCCUUUUGUCAUGGCUGCGACCCCUUCAAGGACAGCAGCAGCACCUCGUGGAGUACAUGGAGCGCCGACUCGCUGCCUUAGAGCCACAGAGCGAUUCCAAAGCAAACAGGCCUUCGUGUUUUACGCCGAGAGUGCGUGGAACAAGGGGCCGGCGGACAUGAGAGCUAGCAUGGUAGGAGAGCGUCGCAGGAGGGGCUGCUGGUUCUGUGACAGCUGCCAGUUCGCAGGGAGUCGCAGCUUUCUGUCUUUCUAACAGUUUGAAGUCUGUGGCUUUCCCAAGUGGAAAUCUGGGCAUUCCCAGGAGGAGAGCUGUACAGUGGAGCAGGACCCCUUACGGCCUUCGCGCACGUAGGCCGCACCGGUGGCCCGGAGGACACGAAGUGGGGGUAGAGGCCUAGGUGAUCCGAGCCGGGCUUUUCGCACAUUUAGCGUCUCUGAAUAUCUGGUUUCCUUUGGGGGGGGGUUGAAGGGGAGUCGGUGCCUGGCUGAGUUCGUGCUUUCUCCCGCUCCUCACUCCCCGCUUGGGCCUCUCCCUGCCCGGGAGUUGUAACCCUCAGCCCCUCUCCUGGCCCCCCUCCCGGCAGGAACGGCUGGCCCAGUGCCAGGACCAAAGUAGCCGGCAUGCCGCUGAGCUGAGGGACUUCAAGAACAAGAUGCUGCCGCUGCUGGAGGUGGCCGAGAAGGAGCGCGAGGCCCUCAGAACCGAGGCCGACACCAUCUCGGGGAGAGUAGACCGUCUGGAGCGGGAGGUUGACUACCUGGAGACCCAGAACCCGGCUCUACCCUGUGUGGAGGUUGAUGACAAGGUGACCGGAGGCCCUGGGAUCAAAGGCAAGGGCAGAAGAAAUGAGAAGUACGACAUGCUGACAGACUGUGGCUACACAAUCUCUCAGGUGAGAUCCAUGAAGAUCCUGAAGCGGUUCGGUGGCCCAGCUGGUCUAUGGACCAAGGAUCCCAUGGGGCCAACAGAGAAGAUCUACGUAUUAGAUGGGACACAGAACGACACGGCCUUUAUCUUCCCAAGGCUGCGGGACUUCACCCUCGCCAUGGCCGCACGGAAAGCUUCCCGGGUCCGGGUGCCCUUCCCCUGGGUAGGCACGGGGCAGCUGGUGUAUGGUGGCUUUCUUUAUUACGCCCGGAGGCCACCUGGAGGACCUGGAGGGGGCGGUGAGCUGGAGAACACUUUGCAGCUCAUCAAAUUCCACCUGGCAAACCGGACCGUGGUGGACAGCUCAGUAUUCCCGGCGGAGGGUUUGAUCCCCCCGUACGGGCUGACAGCAGACACGUACAUCGACCUGGCCGCUGACGAGGAGGGCCUUUGGGCUGUCUAUGCCACUCGGGAAGAUGACAGGCACUUGUGUCUGGCCAAGUUAGACCCCCAGACCCUGGACACCGAGCAGCAGUGGGACACCCCGUGUCCCAGAGAGAAUGCCGAGGCUGCCUUUGUCAUCUGCGGGACCCUGUACGUGGUCUAUAACACCCGCCCUGCCAGCCGCGCCCGCAUCCAGUGCUCCUUUGAUGCCAGCGGCACCCUGACCCCUGAAAGGGCAGCACUCCCGUAUUUCCCCCGCCGAUAUGGGGCCCAUGCCAGCCUCCGCUAUAACCCCCGAGAGCGCCAGCUCUAUGCCUGGGAUGACGGCUACCAGAUUGUCUAUAAGCUGGAGAUGAGAAAGAAAGAGGAAGAAGUCUGAGGACCUAGCUCUGGUUGGUGAAUCUCUCUCACCUCUACACAUUUUUUAUCUCCACGACGUUUCCCGCUCCUCGUUCUCCAGAUGUGGGCAAGUUGUGGUUCGGGGCCUGUAUCUGCAGCCAAUGGAAGCCAGAUUCUCACAGCCCCUCCGGUUCCUGUGGGACCUUAGAUCUUGAGAGAUCCUUUUGGAGCUGAAAGAGAGACAACCCUAAGUGUCCACUCCCCUCCUGCCCCGUGGCAAUGAAUUUUGGGCCAAAGACCACGCAGACCCAGUGCUCUGACCCUUGUAUGGGGGCAACCCCAGCAAAUGCGCAACAGAAUAUUGC